UUUUUUUUUAUGAUGAUGAUCAACCAAACGACGUCGACGACGCUCUCGAUUAUUUUAUGUUCCUACACACGAUCCUUAAAUUGUCUCGACAGGGUUGACCUCAGUGUCACCACCAGCCUUUCCGCUGUCUCACUGUCGGUAAUGAGUCAAAAUCGUGUAAAAGCAAGUCGGACGGACUUUUGGACUCUUCCCAGUUUCGUUUUGAGACUGGGAGUAAUCCUCCAAAACUCUCUGACGAUGCCAUGAUCACUUUGUUUCGAUGAUGUUCAAUUGAUAUCGUCGCUCCUGGUCAAUGGUGGACAUCAUUAGUUGUAUUAUAUAUUUACUCUUGCAAUGAAAUCUUAUCCGGCCGCCAUUAUCUGCCC